AUGUCGGUCAGAUGUACAAUUGCCUGCACUGAGGAUUGCAGCUCAAACAAUGUAACUGCAGAAACAGGAACCAGUAGUAAUGAUAAUUUAUUAGUAAACUCUGCAAGUGGGAACAAAACCUAUGGAGGUGGAAGAUCGACCAGGGAUGUGUCACUAUCUGACAGGGCAAUAGGUGAUCGGAACAAUGUAACACAGCCCAUCCCCAUUCUUGCUCUCAAGGCAGAAUAUGUUGGUGCUGAGAAUAUCAGCUUAACAUGGGCAGUGAGCAACGCUGCUUCCAACUCCUACACAUACAGGAUGGAGGUUGCAAGUGGUACUUCUGUUAGGAACCUGACAUCCAAUGUCACCAAAGCCGAAAUUACAGAGUUAACCCCUGGGACAUUGUAUAAUUUCACAGUAUUUGCAAUAGCGAAUGACGAUGAGACAGAAGGAGAAGGAGUGUCCAUAAGGCUGUAUACAAAGCCCAGCCCAGUUCUUGAUCUCAAAGCAGAAUAUGUUGGUGUGACUUCUGUCAACUUAACAUGGAUGGUGAAUGAUGCUACUUCCAACUCCUACACGUACAGGAUAGAGGUUAUGAGCGGUACCUCUGUUAGAAACCUGACGUCCAAUGUCACCGAAGUCGAAAUUACUGAGUUAAUCCCUGGGAUAUUGUAUGAUUUCAGAGUAUUUGCAGUAGCAGCUGAUGGUCAGACGGAAGGAGAAGGAUUGUCAAUAAGUCUGUAUACAAAGCCCAGCCCAGUUCUUGAUCUCAAAGCAGAAUAUGUUGGUGUGACUUCUGUCAACUUAACAUGGAUGGUGAAUGAUGCUACUUCCAACUCCUACACGUACAGGAUAGAGGUUGUGAGCGGUACCUCUGUUAGGAACCUGACAUCGAAUGUUACCAAAGCAGAAAUUACCGAGCUAAUCCCUGGGACAUUGUAUGAUUUCACAGUAUUUGCAGUAGCGGCUGAUGGUCAGACGGAAGGAGAAGGAUUGUCAAUAAGUCUGUAUACAAUUCCUGCCUUAGUGAAUUCAUUUCAGUGUGAACCAGUGGCCAAGCAGUCUUCUCUAAUGCUGAAAUGGGAAUGCCCUUCUGGUAACAAUUCUGGCUUCAGAAUUAAAAUAUUUAAUGGUACAUGGGCAAAAGAAGAACGGACUCCAUCCUGCACGAGGGAAGGCUCAGAGGAAACCUUCAGAACAGCAUCUUUAGACUAUUUCAGCACCUAUACUGUUACUAUUGCAACUCUUUCAAAUAGUUCUGAAAGCCCUUCAGUGCAGAAAAUGUGUAAUACAAGCAUUACUGACCCACCUGCUCCAAGCAAAGCUCCUUUAGUCAAGGAGGUCAGUCACAGCUCAUUGUCUGUGGAAUUCUCUGAUUUUGAGUCAGUGAAUGGACCAUUAAAAGCCUAUGCAGUAAUGAUCAUAACAGAAGAACAAGGUUGUGGGUCUUUGAAGUCUAAAUUGAAGAACACAUACAAAGAUUUCAAGAAGAAGAUGACAGUCACCUAUGUAACAUAUGUCAUAGAUACAGAGCAGGCAAAAUCACCUUCUUUCCAUUCUCAGAAUGGUACAAAUGUCGUUAAUGUUGGCAAGGGAAACACAAUGUAUGGCUACGAAAACGGACCAUUGAUUCCACUUCAUUCAUACAGGGCAAGUGUUGCAGGUUUCACUAAUAUAACCUUUACUAUGGGCAACAUCAUUGCGGAAGAAGAUAGUUAUGUAUCAUUUUCACCCUGUUCUGAGGCGGUUUUGCUACCCCAGGAUCCAGGUGUUAUUGCUGGAGCCGUUAUUGGAUGCCUUUUAGCUAUAUUGGCUGUAGUCACUAUAGGGGGUUUCAUAUUCUGGAGAAAGAGAAGGAAAGAUAAAAGAAAUACUGAAGUGUCCUUUUCUCCAAUUAAAAUCAAGAAAUCAAAAAUGAUUAAGGUAGAGAACUUUGAGUCCUACUUUAAGAAGCAGCAAGCUGACUCCAACUGUGGUUUUGCUGAAGAGUAUGAGGAACUCAAGUCUGCUGGUGUUCAUCAGCCCAAAUUUGCUGCUGAACUUGCUGAGAACAGGGGAAAAAAUAGAUACAACAACGUCUUACCAUAUGAUAUUUCUCGUGUUAAACUUUCAGAUCAAAGCUCUGCAACUGAUGAUUAUAUUAAUGCAAACUAUAUGCCUGGCUAUAACUCAAAGAAGGCAUUUAUUGCUGCACAGGGUCCUUUACCCAAUACUAUAGAAGACUUCUGGCGCAUGAUUUGGGAGAAGAAUAUCUACUCUAUUGUUAUGUUGACAAAAUGUGUUGAACAAGCCCGGACAAAAUGUGAGCAAUACUGGCCAGACAAACAAUCCAAGAGCUAUGGUGACAUUAUUGUGACAAUGGUGUCAGAGAUUGUCCUUCCAGAAUGGACAAUAAGGGACUUCACUGUAGAAAAGUCCGACACACCAGAGAGCCACACGGUGCGCCAGUUCCACUUCACCUCCUGGCCAGAUCAUGGAGUGCCGGAGACAACAGAUCUUCUCAUCAACUUUAGACACCUUGUUCAUGAGUACAGCAGUCAAAAUCCAAUCGACUCUCCUACUCUGGUGCACUGCAGUGCUGGUGUUGGGAGGACAGGGACGUUCAUUGCCAUUGACCGCCUGAUUCAGCAGAUUGAAAUGGAGAAUACUGUGGAUGUAUACGGAGUGGUGUAUGAUCUUCGCAUGCACCGACCUUUAAUGGUGCAAACUGAGGACCAGUAUGUCUUCCUAAACCAGUGUGUUAUGGAUAUUAUUAGAUCCCAGAAAGACAAGAAAACCGAUCUUAUUUACCAAAACAUGACAGCAAUGGCAAUCUAUGAAAACUUCACACCUGGGCCAGGCUUUGGGAAGGCGAAUGGCUACCACGCAUAGCCUGGAAGGAGCACAGUGUCUCAGGAGGUGUUAGCUGCGCAUAGGAAAGGGAGAUGUUCUACUCAUGUUUUCCGGGAUCGUGUGCAGUGUCUCAUGUCUGGCUUCUCCAGUUCUGUCCAUGUUCGAAGAUGUGAUCUACACAAUGCUGGCAGAGGAGCCACAAAUUGGUAUUUAAAAAAAAAAAGAAACGAAACAAAACAAAAAAAACCAAGGAAAACUCUUUAAAGUUAACAGAGGAAUCUUGCUUUUUCUUGGGAAUUUAACAGUACUGAUAGGUGAAAUAGCAUUUGCAGUAUGAAUGGUGAACUAGAAUUUAAAUAUUAAUAACACAAGCUUUUUAUUACAACUUUAUAUGAUUUCAUUUACAGGCACCAGGCUUGUGGGCUGUUUUAAUAUAUUUAAUUAUAAGUUUCAGGAACAUAUUUUAUCUACUGUAUCUGGUUACUUAGCUAAUAGAUAUGUGCCUCUGUGAUUGUUUUUUUUUUUUCUGUGUUCCUUUUUAUUUAAAGAAAAGGAGUACAAACAGCUCCUUCAAAUGGACAUUUAUACUUGGAAAUUGUGCCUUUUCUAGUUGCUACUCUA